GGACGUGGGGUUCGUUUGUGUGUUAAAGGGAUCGAAUGUAUGGAAAUUAUAUAUUUUAUUACUUGAUAAAUGUGUGAACAAAUUACUGUUAUUUCCCUUGUAAAUAUAACUUCCUUUUUGUCAAAAUAAAGCCUCAAGUUGGGCUCUGCUCAAGCAAAUUGAAAAGUACAAGUCUUAUGUACGCAACAUUGGAUACUGGAAUAAAUUCUGAUCUGCUCUGCACAAAAUUGAAUUUAAUUAGUACAUAAGGUAAAAUGGCAUCGAUCGAAGAAAGUUGGAAGGUGGCUACGGAAGGUUUGAACAGCGACGUGUGCGACACUUGGAUAAUCAAGUUGCAGGACGUCUAUUCUGAGGAGAAACGGACCUACCACAAUCUUGAUUAUCUUCAGGACAAGUUACUCCACUACUACGAGAUUAAGGACAAUUUAACUAACCCCAGAGCCGUACUUCUCGCACUGUUCUUUCAAAAUUUUGAGUAUGAUCCAAAAGCGUUGGAUUGCGAGGAAAAAAAUCUACAACACUUUAUUAGCUUUGCAGACGAGGCAGAAAUCCCUGCGAAUGGAGAAUUACGCAAUGAGGUUUGUGCUCUGCUGAAGGCAGCUGCUACUCAUAGUACAGACGCACACAAGGUUGGAGGUGCCUUUGGCGAAGAGGAUGCUCACUAUCUCCUUGACUUGGAUAUGGCUAUACUUGGUGCUGAACCUGAGAAGUAUACAGAGUAUACAGAACGUGUACGCGGUGAAUAUGGGUUCCUUAGUGCACCAAUGUAUACUGCGUUAAGACUCAAGGUGUUGCAAAAUUUUUUGCAAAUUCCAAAUAUAUUUGCUACCAAAGAGUUUCGUGAAAAGUUUGAGGAACAAGCACGAAAAAAUAUCCAAGCUGAAGUUGUGCUGUUGUCUUAGGAAUUGAAGAUUUGAUGUCGUAAGGGCAUUUAUACCUAUAUGUUAACACUUUACAUUGACGUUCACUUUUUUUUUUCUUUUUGGCUUUUUUACUGUUGCUAACUAAACCGCUGUGAUUGAAAUGAUUGAGAAAUUAUGUAAAAAAAAAAAAAAAAAAAACAACGGAUACGUCGCCUAUAACUGAUUGUGAAUGUUGUGAAUAUAAUUAUUCGCUAUUAUUCAAAAUAUAUUAUUAUAUUGGGAAAAUAUUUUGAUUUAAAAAGAUUGUUGAAAUAAUGUAGUACAAGUGUAAAGAAAAUUUCCAGCUACAUUGACGGUCCCCAAUAUGGGAUAAUGGACAACACAGCUGAUUUGUUCAAUCAUAUUAAAUUCAGAACACGAACGAGAAUUGACGUAGAUCUAUUAUAAUUCAUGAAGUACGUACGUAUGUCUUUAGCUUUGAUACUAGAUGCGAUAACAGAUAAUGAAGUGAAAAUUCUACGUGUAAUAAGAGGAGUAUCUUCAGUUAAUGAUUUUAUUCAAUGAUGCUCAUAUGUGGUUUUUGGACCGAAUGACAAAUCAAAGAGAAAUCAAAGAUAUGGUACGUGUUUCGUGAAUUAGCUAUUGUCUUGUAUGUAAUUAAUUGAUAAUUUGUGACAAAAUAAAAACGUAUAUGAUGUUGUA